AUGGUUCGCACCCUCGGAUUGCAGUUGCAACCAUUUAACUACUACACGAGUAAUGGGAAUGUAGGAGACGAGUGGCGCAAAUGGCUCAAGGCCUUCGAGACGAUGGUGCGAGCAGCCCGCGUCACUGACGAGGAGUGGAAGAAGGAUUUGCUACUCCAUUAUGCUGGCUCAAAUGUUCAGCAACUAUUCGAGUCGUUGCCAGAUCUGCCGGGCACUGACAUGCGUAGGCCAAUGGCUAACGUGGAGACAUAUACACCAUGCAUGACCCCGUACGAAGAGGCCAUGAGCAAAUUGAAUGCAUUUUUCCUUCCAAAAGGAAAUGCCACUUACGAGCGGCAUUUGCUUCGUCAGAUGAAGCAAGGGGCAGGCGAAACAGUAGGCGCGUUUACGGUGCGUCUGCGAAUCCAAGCAGAGCGGUGCGGAUUCGGUGACAAGAUGGAGGAAAACGUCAAGGAUCAAGUCAUAGGAAAUUGCCAAUCGCCAGCCCUACGUAGGGAACUUUUGAAGCGGGGUGACGCGGACCUCACCGAAAUAUUACGAGUGGCACAAAUUUUCGAAACUGUAGCGGUACAAGAGAAAUCCUUCUCAAAUGAAAUCCCCAAACCUCAAGUUAGCGAGCACAUCCGUACGCUGAAGAUUCCCGGCAAAGAAAUAACGUCCCUCUCGUGGGAAGGCAAAUCGCUCCGGAUCGCCUUGUCGGUGGAUUCGUUCAUUUACUUCGCAAACAUCCGGCCGGACUAUAGUUGGUGUUACUUCAACCGCACCGUCUGCUACCAGGAGGCGAGCGGUGGUGCCGGGGGCGACGACACGGAUACGGUAACGUUCUGGGACACCAACUCGAAUCAGUGCUACGCGAAGCAGAUCGAACCGAUGAUGUCGAUGGCCUCCUCGGCUGACCACUGCGUGAUCGCCGUUGAGACACGCAUGACCGGCAAGGAGUUCAGCGUCGUGAGCGAGGGCAAGGGGAAGGAUCUGAUGUACCAGCUGCUGAUAUGCAACUCGAUCAGCACGACGGUGGAUUCCAAAUACAUCGACAUUAGACCGGAGUUUAUAACAAUGAACUCAACGCACGUGAUCGUGGCGUCGAAAGAUCACUUUCUACUCUGGCAUUAUCAUACACCAAAGGGGGCCUCCACGUUGCACGCGAACCUGAAGACGAAACGCGAUCGCAGGUGCCACAUCGACGACACGCCCGCCCUGGAAGUGCUAAACGAUCUCGACUCGAAGACGGCCCACGAAAUCCCGCCCAAAGUGGACCCGAGCCAGGAUCCCAUCUGUUGCCUGGCAUCGUCGGAGAGUUUGCUAUUGAUUGGCCGGGAGAGUGGCCUCAUCCACGAGUACACGCUGCUUCAUCUGGUGCUGCGCAACCGACACUAUCUGCAGACGCGCAGCUAUAAGCUGGCGAUCAACUGUAACUCGAACCGAGCGGCCAUGAUCGACUGCAACGGCGUGCUGACGACGCUGACUCUCCGUGACGACACAACGAGCAACGAACUGGAGCAAUCGAGCGGUCACAUCGAACGGAAGGACGUGUGGGCCAUCUGCUGGGCGAAGGACAACCCGCAGCUGCUGGCCAUCAUGGAGAAGACGCGCAUGUACAUCCUGCGCGGGGCCGACCCGGAGGAACCGAUCACCUGCUCCGGCUACAUCUGCCACUUUGAGGAGCUGGAAAUCACGGGCGUCCUGCUGGACGACAUCAUCAAGGGUGGUGCGACGCCGAACGUGAAGGAGCAUCUCGUGCAGUUGCGCGUCAAAUCGCUGCGCGACACGGAGGACCUGCUGGCGCACGUCGGGAUCGCCGAGGCGAAGCAGUUCAUCGAGGAUAACCCACACCCGCGGCUGUGGAGACUGCUGGCGGAGGCAUCGCUGAAGAAGCUGGACCUCGAGACGGCCGAAGCGGCGUUCGUGCGAUGCAGCAACUAUCCGGGCAUUCAGCUGAUCAAGCGCCUCAGGACAAUCCAGCUGGAAGCGCUGCAGCGGGCCGAGAUCGGCGCGUUCUUCGGCGAGUUCGAUGAGGCGGAAAAGCUGUACAUGGACGUGGAUCGACGGGAUUGCGCGGUUCGGUUGCGCCAGACGCUGUGCGAUUGGUUUCGCACGGUGCAGCUGUAUAGGCUCGGGCCGGGCACGUCCGACCAGCAGAUGGAGAACGCGUGGCGCGAGAUCGGCCACCACUACAUGAACAUGCGCGCCUGGGACAGCGCCAAGGAGUACUACGAGAAGGCGCACCACAUCGAGGGCCUGAUGGACGCGCUGUACGGUUUGGAGCAGUACGACGAGCUGGUCGGCUGCAUGCACAAGCUCCCCGAGAAGAGCCCGCAGCUGGCGAAGCUGGGCCAGAUGCUGGCCACGGUGGGGAUGUGCGAGCAGGCGGUCGCCGCCUACCUCAAGCUGGGCGACGUCAAGUCGGCCGUCUCCAGCUGCAUCGGCCUGCGGCAGUGGGGACUGGCGGUGGAGCUGGCGCAAAAGUACAAGAUGCCCCAGAUCAACACACUGCUGAGCAAGCACGCGGCCCAGCUGCUGCAGGAGGGCAAGCUGCCGGAAGCGAUCGAGCUGCAGCGGAAGGCGGGCCGCUACCUGGACUCCGCCCGGCUGCUGCUGAAGAUGGCCGAGGCGGAGGUGGAGAAGAAGUCCGACUACGUGCGCAUCAAGCAGCUGUACGUGCUGUCGGGGCUGCUCGCGGAGGAGUACAUCGAAAAGCAGAUGGCGCUGCAGGCGGGCGGCCCAAGCCGAGCGGCGGUCCUGGCCCAGCUCAAUCCGGACGAUGCGGUGCUGAUCGAGCAGAUAUGGCACCACGCGGAGGCGUACCACUAUAUGCUGCUGGCACAGCGACAACUGCGCUCCGGGUUGCUGCAUAGCGCCGUCAUUAGCGCGCUCCGGCUGCGCGAGUACGAGGACGUGCUGGACGUGGAGGUGCUGUACGCGCUGCUCGCCCUGGCCAGCUGUGCCGAUCGCUCGUUCGGCACCUGCUCGAAGGCGUUCAUCAAGCUGGAGGCGAUCGAGACGAUCUCCGAGGGUCGUCGGCUGCAGUACGAGGAGCUGGCCAUCAGCAUCUUCUCGCGCUACGACCCGAAGGACAACAAGGUGAAGCACGUCAGCUGUUACACCUGCGAGACGCCGGUGGCCGACUGCAGCACGCUCUGUCCCAGCUGCGGCAAUCGCUUUCCGCCGUGCAUCGCGUCCGGACAGCCGCUGACCAAUCCGACCGGCGCCUGGCAGUGUUCCGGUUGCUACCACGUCGCGCACCCGCUGGAAAUGACGUCACGCAAGACGUGUCCCCUCUGCCAUCGGCUGAUCGCGCCGGCGAAGGGAGCGGUGGAGAUUUAAUCUUUUACUGCACACAAACACACAUACUUAUUACGUACCUGCGUUCAAGUUUAUCGAACACUCCGUUUAUCAUGAUCUUUUCUUAAGGUUAGUACACAUUAUUCAAAUCUAUUGUUUCUCAACAGGUGAAACAGUUAACUGAUAGCUACAUUAACU